GUGUAUUACAGUAGUUUGUUGAUAGCCAGCCCCGCGAACGGAACGCGUACGGAAGAAAACGAUCGCGAGAUCGAUGUGGCUACAAUAUUUACCGACCACAAUAGCCAAUUGCCGGGAGAAAAACAAAAAAAAAACAAAGCAAUUGAAGCUGCAGACGGAGAAGCACUAACGUUUUGCGAAUUUCGCAAAAUUCACUGGCCAAACGGCGCAGUCUGUGUGGCAUUAGGUAACCGGAGAAGCAGACCCGGAGUUCCGGAUAACCAAAAACCAAAAAAAAAAAAAACCGUAUCAGCUGAAGAAUGGCGAAUAUGAAGCUAUCGUGUCAGUUGUCCAUGUGGUCUUAGCCACACAGUAUGAGUGUGUUUGCUCCUAUUUUGAUUCCACUGCUCGGUCAGCUCGGUAAACAAAUUGUCUAUUAAACAAUCAACUUUUCACCUAAUAAAUGAUAUCGUAUAAAUCAAUUGAGUCGAUGCCAAUCAAGUGGGGCAACACAGAUAAAUCUCCAUCACAAUGGGCUGAGAUCGCAGAUCUUGGAAAGCAAACGAAAUGCAUAAACAAACGUCCCUCGCAUCAAAAGUGUUUUAUGAGUUUUGUGUGUUUGUGGUCGGGCAGAGUGAUCGGGAAAUGAUUUGUUCGUGACAUUCCACUUAAAGGAGGAACACACAAUUAUUUAAUAUAUUAUAGAAUGCAUACAGAAUAUUUAAAUGACAAAGAGCAACGCUACAUGUUUCGCGACUAUAAAAAUCCAAUCAAAGUGAAGGCUUUAUCUCUUCCAAUCAAGCCGUAUUAAAAACUCAAGUUUUGAUAUUUUAUAUCCCCAUAUGGGAUCAUAAAUAUUCCACAACAAUAGUCAUUUUUCGCAUCACAUACUUCCAAAAUGGAUCAUUAAGUUUUGAAUACAAUUUCCGUUUCGAACAGUUUACCGUUACAGCCCUUCUAUGCGCUUCUCAAUCGAUCGAGUGCUCCCGAAAGUUCUUUGGUAGCCGCCAUUCAAUUGAUAAACGGGCAUUAUCGCUGUGGCAAUGAUUUAUUGUUGCAUAAAUGGCACUUACUAUUUAUUAAUAAAUGGGAAGCGAAAUUCUGAUAAUUUAUAUAUAUGAGACAACCAAGGAUUUGUUCCCCAGUGCUUGUGUUUGUGUUUGUGAGCCAAUGUAGAGCACCCGUUCGCUUCGAAUGGUCGAGUAAAUAAACAAAAGUGGAUUUUUACACUCAUCGCCGACAGCGCACAAUAAAAUGUGUGAAAAAUGUGCUUGAGCCAGUGGAAAUGCAACCGCGUAGACCAAGUUCCUUUGGCGAUAACAAGUGGAAGACAAUGUCGUGGAUAUGCUAAGUGGAAAUGGAUCCGAUGAUUUGUGAUCUGUGGUCUGGCCACAUCUGGCUAUUGAUUCUCAUUUGUUUCUGCGGCUUCAAACAAUCUAGCGGUUUUUUUGUGGACUAUACAGAAAACACGGAGCUGAUUCAACAGAGAGCCGGCUUUGAUGUCAAGCUGCAGUGCAAUCUCAAAGGUUUGGUGGACGAUAACAUGUUGGAUGACAUCAAGAUACAUUGGUACUUUAAGCAAUGCAGUGAAAACAAUUGUCAUCAGCUGGAGUCCGUGGAUGAGUGGACUGCUCUGCCUUGUGAGCCAAGUCUUUGUCGUCCGGAAUUGUGGCUCCGGAAUGUGACGGAACGGUAUUCCGGACUCUACAAGUGCAGCAUUAAUCCACACAUUUGGGAUAAAACUCAAGCUGUGGAUGUUCAACUGGUUCGCACUUAUCAGUUGGAUGUUAAAAAUACCUCCUUGGCUGCUCCCGAGUUUGUGGACUCGUAUCCCAAUAACAAGACCUCAUUGGUGGGCAGUAGGGUGGUGUUCCAGUGCCGAGUUCACAGCGAGGAGCAUCCCACAAUCAAGUGGUUCCGCCGACAAACCUAUGCGGGAACUCAGUCAGUUGGAGAAGCCUCGUCUACACCCACUGCCUCCAAUUUCAGCACACAUAUUGUCCGCUAUAAUGGUAGGACAUAUGAACUGCUGUCCACUGAUGCCGAAAAGUUGAUGGCACCACAGAUAUAUCUCAGCAAGCUUAUUUUGGAUGGCGUGAGAUUGAGGGAUGCAGGCCAUUACGCCUGCGUGGCCAUCAGCUAUCGAGGUCACAAGAUCCGGGAGGCAUUCCUCGAUGUUAUUCCCGUUCAGGAGGAUUCGGAAAAGGAGUACUGGUCGGACUACGAUAGUAGCGAAGAGGGUGUAACAGCUAGUGAUCCUCGGGAGUUCCUUUUGCUCUUUUUAAUGCCCUUAGGAUUGGCAUUACUUCCACUGACCGUGUGGUUCAGUUACUUGUUGUACAAACGCUGUUCGGAGGCUCACAGUGAGUGCCAGCGAAUGGAUUCGGAUGAGGAUCUGGACACAGAAAGGUGCGUCUUUGGAGGAAAUUGACACUUUAAGCCAUAAUCGGAAAUGUGCAUCAUUACGCUUAUUAAGUUUAUGAAUAAAGACUGUAAGAAGAGUAAAAGAAUUUGUACAUAUGUACAU